CCGGAUCACACAGAAGGUUGCCGCGGUCGCCAUGUUGGUGAAUGAAAUUAACCUAGCUCCAAAACAUUGAAUAGCAGCUACCAAUAUCGAUAUUUUAUUUUUCGCGGAAUAUCACUUGUUACAGCAUGUAACCUACCAUAAAUAUGACUUAGGAUUUGCGAAACAACUACAGAAGCCCCAUUCCCUAUUAUUGUGUUUAGACAUAGUUACAGUGUCACGCAAUGCACCAUGGAAGUGGAUCACAGAACAUGCAACGACAGCUCCAGAGAUCCAAGUCUGUCAGUGGGUCAGAAGCAGAUGAGCAGCAGCAGCAGCCGACCAUGGCAGUUACGCAGCAGCAAGCUACAGUCAACCACCCUCAGUCUCCUGUGACCACUUUUUCCUCUGCUGCCAGCCCUUGCCCCCAGUCGCCCAAUUAUCAGAUAAUCAUGAGUCGUAGCCCAGUCACUGGACCAAACAUGAACAUCACUUUACAAAAUGUGGGCCAGAUGGUAACUGCAAAUCAGCAGAUAACCCUAACCCCACUCCCCCUCCAAAACCCAGCGUCUCCUGGCUUCCAGCAUACUACACCUCAGUGGAGAUUUGAUCAUGCUCCAUCCUCCUACAUCCAAGUCACUUCUCCGGUGCCCCAGCCCAUCCAACCUCAAAGUCCCACCCAGCAUAGCCCAGUCCCUCUGCAAGGUGUAACAAGACCAGGAGCUCCUCCAGCAGCAUUGGGUGUAUGUGGCCAGAGUCCAACACGAUUUGUUGAAGCUGGUAUGCUAGUGCGGCAAAUCAGUUUAGGCAGUCCAUCGGGUAGUGGGCACUUUGUUUACCAGGAGGCCCAGAUUGCCCCAGCCUCAUCUGGACAGGUGCAACUGGCCUCUUCAGGAACACCAGGUUCUGUAAGAGAACGUCGUCUGUCUCAGCCUCAUUCACAGACUGGAGGCACCAUUCACCACCUUGGACCUCAAAGUCCCGUAGCCACCGGUACCACUCUUCCGACACUGGGCAGCCCCGGUCACAUAACCACUUCCAACCUACCUCCACAAAUCAGCAGUAUCAUUCAAGGACAGCUGGCGCGUCCUAUGAUAUUUGAGAAGACGUCACAGGGUGUGGUUACUGGAGUAGGAACCACAGCCACAGCCUCAUUUAGUAUUCCCUCCUCCAUUCCACCCUCUAGCCCCUCCCUCACCAGUCCCCCCCAAGGGAUCCCCAACAAUCCCCUUGCUCCCACCAGCAUGACUGUGGGUACUAUGAAGAAGCAGGUUGCCAAGAAGUUAGAGGAAAUUGCUCCCUCUACACCAGAGAUUGCCCAGCUGAGAAAACAGUGCUUGGAGCACCACACCAAGAAGAUGGAGAGCCUGAAAGAAGUGUUCAAAGAAUAUCUGAUUGAACUAUUCUUUCUGCAGCACCUCCAAGGGAACAUGAUGGACUACUUAGCAUUUAAGAAGAAGCCUUGUGUUCCCUUGUAUACUUACUUGAGACAGAAUGACUUGGACCUUGAAGAUGAAGAGGAAGAAGAAGAACAGUCUGAGGUCAUUAAUGAUGAGGUAAAGGUUGUUACAGGAAAAGCUGGCCAAGCAGUAACGCCAGUUGCCAUAGCAACACAGCUUCCUCCCAAUGUUUCUGCAGCUUUCUCUACCCAGCAGCAGUUUCAGGGACACCAAGGGGCUUCCUCUGGCACCAUUACAAACCCUGGAGACAUGGAUGCCUUUAAGAGGCAACAGGCUAUGGUGCAAGCAGAUCAGGCUAAGAGGCCCCGGAUUGACGUUGGUCGCCAUGGGCUGAUUUUCCAGCAUCCUGGUGUAGCUCCUUUAGGAUCACCUGGCGUUCCACUCCAGCAGCUUAUGCCAACUGCGCAAGGCGGGAUGCCGCCUACUCCUCAAGCAGUCCAGAUUGCAGGACAGAAGCAGAACCAGCAACAGUAUGACCCAUCCAAAGGACCUCCAGUGCAGAAUGCAGCCAGCCUGCACACUCCUCCUCCACAGCUGCCUGGCAGGUUGCCUCAAGGUGCCCUCCCUAUGGCAGGUCUGCCCAUUACACUCUCACAGCAGCCUCAGUUAGUGGAGAAUACAGCUCAGCCUGCUGGUCAGCUCCAGGCACAGGUGAAAGUGCAGGCAGGUGGGGCUGUCCUGGCUACAGUAAAUCCCCACACACAGCUCCAGGCCCAACUGCAGCAGCAGAUGCAGCCAGGUCUUCAUCUCCAGUUGCAGCCACAGCAGCAACAAUCACAGACCAUUCUGCAGUCAGGACAAGCGACUGUGGCACUUGCUCGCCCUGGUACGGAGCCAAACCAGCCAGUUCAGAGGGUUGUGACCAACUCAAUAUCAAUUACAUCCUUGUCUCCUGCUCCCCUCUCUGCUCCCAACUCUGUUCCAACCCCCCAUACUGCAAGCCCUCUCCGUCCUCUGGGUUCUAACCUCAACCCCAGUACCCAGUCCAAACUGACUGGAACCAAUGGAAUAUCUGCAGUCAAAUUAGGUGGCUUCGGUCAAAGUACAGCCAUGCAGUCCUCACAGGAGAGUUCUCAAGAUAAGCAAGUCGAGCAGGCCAAAUUGGAGAGUCAAGUACACCAACGCAUCUCUGAGUUAAGGAAGGAGGGUCAGUGGUCAGCCAGUAGACUCCCCAAGCUUGUGGAAGCCUCACGUCCAAAGUCCCACUGGGACUACCUCCUGGAGGAGAUGCAGUGGAUGGCAGCAGACUUUGCCCAGGAGAGAAGAUGGAAGGAGGCUGCGGCUAAGAAGCUUGUUCGCACAUGUGCCCGUUACCAUCAAGAGCAGAAGAAAAGUGAAGAGAGAUCAAAGAAAGAAAGGGAAGUUCAUCUUCGUCACAUUGCAAGCACAAUUGCCCGAGAGGUUGAAUUCUUCUGGUCAAACAUUGAGCAGGUUGUUGAAAUUAAACUCCAGUUCGAAAUUUACGAGAAGAGGCUCAAAGCACUUGGCUUACAAAAAGCCUCAGCCAAAGCAUCUGGUUCAUCAGCAGGAGACAAAGCUGGUAAAGAGGAGGGGGCCACUUCAGCUAAAAAAAGAAAAGCCAGUUCAUCCUUGGUUGAUGAAGAUGUCACAGAUGAAGAGAGCACCAUAGAGGAGCAGGAGGGCAUGGAAGGAGAAACGGACCACAAAGCAGAGUUGGUUGACCUUGCCAAAGACGCUGAGAUGCCUCUGGAUGUUCUGAUGAAACAGUAUGCUGGUGCCUACGCUGACAGCUUUGAGUGGCCUCAGCCCAGUCCUCGUAGUGAUGACGAUGAAAUGGAAGAGACUGAAGGAAUGGAAUGUCCUUCAGGCAGUCCACCUGAGGCAGUGCUGAUAGACUCCCUGCUUAGUGUGGACCAGUAUCGAGGUGCUGACAAAGCCACUUCCUCAGACUCUGACAGGAAGCCUGGCAGAGACAUAGCUGAAGUAGCUGCUGCCACAGAGCUCAUCUUGCCCAAGGGCAGCUUCAGAACCACUUCAGCAACUCGCAGCCCAGCCCCAUUUCUGUUGCACGGGUCGUUGAGAGAGUAUCAGCAAAUUGGUGUUGACUGGCUGGUGAACCUUUACAAGAAACACCUCAAUGGCAUAUUAGCCGACGAGACUGGCCUGGGGAAGACUGUACAGACUGUGGCUUACAUGGCCCACUUAGCUGGCCAGGAAGGCGUCUGGGGACCCCAUCUUAUAGUAGUAAGGACAGCCAAGCUGUUAAGUUGGGAGGUGGAGUUCAAGCGUUGGUGUCCUGGCCUGAAGAUUCUUCUGUAUCUUGGUAACAGAAGGGAGCGGAGAUCUAAGAGAAUGUGGUGGGGAGAAGCCAAUAGCUUCCAUGUGUGUGUGACAUCGUACAAGUUAUUGAUGAAAGACCAGAGCCAUUUUCUGAAGAGAAAGUGGAGACAUCUUGUCCUGGACGAGGUGCAGCUCAUCAAAAACAUGACAGAGAAACACUGGGAAACAAUCUUUGCUCUGAAAAGUGAGCAGCGGGUUCUCCUCAUCAACACUCCUCUACAGAAUACUCUGAAAGAGCUGUGGACCAUGAUCCACUUCCUUUUGCCAGGGAUCACCAGGCCCUACUCUGACUUUCCUGUGAAGGCAGGCACAGACCAGAACCAAGAUUACUGCCACAAACUGGUCAUCCGCCUGCACAGGAUGAUCCAACCCUUCAUCUUGAGGCGCUCCAAACGAGAUGUGGAGAAACAGCUGCCUAAGAAGUACGAGCACAUUUUAAAAUGCCGUCUGUCCAGCAGGCAGAAGAGCCUUUAUGAGGAUAUCCUUACUCAACCGAGUGCUCAGGAGGCGCUGAAGACUGGUCAUUUUGUCAGCGUGCUUCAGGUCUUGAUGCAGUUACAGCGAGUGUGUAACCAUCCUGAGCUGGUCGCACCCAGAGAGACCAGCAGCUCUUAUUUCUGUUCCUCUCUGCAAUACGAUGUUCCAUCCCUGGUGCUGGGAGCUCUGAAGAGUGACUCAAGCGAGAUUGCAAACCUGUCCAUAUUUGAUCUGAUCAAUAAUGAGAACAGACUGACUCGCUAUCAGACUGAAGAGGCAGUGCCCAAACUAAAGGUCACUCAGCAGCUCAUAGAGGAGAUCUACACCGGUCCAGAUCCACCACCUAGACUGAAACCAUGUCCUAUAAAACCCAUGAGAUUGUUCCAACCAGUGCAGUAUGGCACAAAGCCAGAAGGUCGCCUUGCCACCAUCACAAAUGCAGCCGGUCAGCGUCCUCCUACUGGCGGUCCGGCUACUAGCACCUCUCCUUCCACAACCACCCAGUCAGCACAGGCCAGGGGCAAGUCCCCUGUCACUACAGCAACGACUACUCCCACUUCUCACGGUGGAGAUGUGGUGAAGAUCGCUCAGCUGGCCAACAUAGCAGGCAGUCAGAAUCGUAUCUCCCAGCCAGAGACUCCUGUCACUUUGCAGUUUCAGGGCAACAAAUUCACUUUGUCUCCCAGUCAGCUCCGCCAGCUCACCACUGGGCAGCCCUUGCAGCUCCAAGGCAACAUCCUGCAGAUCGUGUCAGCUCCCGGCCAGCCCAUCAUUAGGCCCCAGGGAUCCAUGGUAAUGCAAACCAUGCCUCAAGCUGUUCCUGCCUCCAAUGCUUCAGCUACACCUGGUACACCUCAUCCCGCCCUGUCAACAGCUCAGCAAGCGUUAGGUGUGACUACAAACGCCACCUCAGCCCCCACCAAGCUUACUACUGCAGCUCAUGGUGGUUCUCAGGAGUCUUCAGAAGAAAAGACUCAACAGCUGAAGGAGCGUUUGGGCCGCCUGUUUGAGGCUAAUGAGCAGCGCUGUAGGCGUAGAGUGUUGUAUGGGUCAGACCUGCUGCAGGCGUGCACUCUGAGUUCAGAGCCUGGUCACACUGCCCUGACUGCUGGAGGCUGGAGGUGGGUGGGCAGAGAGAGCUGCCUCAGGGCCCAAAGAACCUGCGUGGCCACCACCUCUGCACUGCAAUCCUCUCUGCUCUCUGUGAACAACCACCUGGAGAGAGCUAACGGCCUUAUCAAGAGACUGGCAUGUGUGGUGCCUCCAGCUGUAGCUCCACUGCCUCAUCUGUAUGCAGCCAAUCCCCCAGUUCCCUACAGCCUGGAGCAGAAGUCCCUUCACCGCCGGCUACUGGAGGCCUCUGGACCCCACAGUGCAGACAUCCAUCAGUUAGCAUCCAGGCAUCUUUUCUAUUAUCCAGACUUGCAACUAAUGCAGAUGGACUCAGGUAAACUGGAAGCUCUUGCCAUUCUGCUGCAGAAGCUUAGGUCAGAGAGUCGCCGUGUCCUCAUCUUUACUCAGAUGGUGAAGAUGCUGGACAUCCUGGAGGCCUUCCUAGAUUACAGGCAGCUCACUUAUGUGCGCAUUGAUGAAAGUUUCACUUUUGAUGAAAGACAGGAGAAUAUGAAAAAGUUUAACAGGAACAAGCAGGUGUUCUGCAGCAUCCUGACCAACCGCUGCUGCUCUGCGGUUGGAACAGUGUUUGACGCAGACACCAUCAUCUUCUACGACACAGACCUCAAUCCCAGCAUGGACGCUCGCACCCAGGAGUGGUGUGACAAAAUAGGCCGUUCCAAGGAUAUCCACAUAUACAGGUUGGAGAGCGGGAAUUCCAUUGAAGAGAAACUGCUGAAGAAUGGCACCAAGGACUUGAUAAGAGAGGUGGCUGCCCAGGGGACUGACUACACCUUGGCUUUCCUCACACAACGGACGAUCCAGGACCUAUUUGAAGUGGAGGCCGGGUCAGGGGAGAAGGUGGAAGAGUUUGUGGUUCUUCACCAGGAGCCAUCGGCCUCUGAAGCCAUCUCUCCCAGAGUAGCAAGACCUUACAUCCAGGCUCUCCACAGCAUAAACCUGGAUGCUCUGCCAGAGGACGAAGAGCAGCAGCAGCAGGAGGAGUUAGCAGCCAAGGAGUCGAUAGAGGGUGAAAAGGAGUCAGAGAGCCAGGCUAAGGAAGAGCCUGCUCAGAUAGAAGAGCUGAAUGCAGUCAUGGAACAGCUAACACCUAUUGAAAGAUACGCCCUGCAUUAUCUGGAGUACCUCCACAUCAGUGACGACGAAACGGCUCUCAAGGAGCAGCUGGAGUGCUCUAAGAGAGGCUGGGAGCUGCAGCAGCUGCAGAAGCUUAAGGAGGAAGAGGAGGAGCGACAUAUGAUGGAGGGAGAUGAAGAUCUGUUCACCUACACCAGAGAGGAUGCCUACAACAUGGAGUAUGUGUUUGAUGCAGAGGAUGGCCACACAGAAAUAAUGCCGCUGUGGACUCCGCCCACACCACCACAAGAUGACAAUGAUAUUUACAUCGACUCUGUAAUGAUGCUGAUGUAUGACACCACACCCAUGCCAGAGUCCAAGCUGCCUCCUAUUUACAUCCGCAAGGAGCAAAAGAGACUCAAGAUGGACCCCUCAGCAGCCAGAAAGAAGAAAAAGGGCCAUGGGGAGACGGUAAUUCCUCCACGCUCACUUUUCGAAAAGGCCAGCAUGCUCAAAGUUCGCAGAGAGGGCAAGGACCAGAAAAAGAACUUCUCCCUCAAGCAGCAGGCUCCCUUUGCCAAGCCUCUACCAUCGCUGGUUAAACCUGCCAUGGAGGCCGGCCAGGACAACCCAGAGUGGCUUAUCAGUGAGGACUGGGCUCUGCUUCAGGCUGUAAAACAGCUGCUGGAGUUGCCCCUGAACCUGACAAUUGUGUCACCUGCCCACACACCAAACUGGGAUCUAGUGAGCGAUGUGGUGAAUUCCUGCAGCCGCAUUUACCGCUCACCCAAACAGUGUCGCAACCGCUACGAGAAUGUCAUCAUUCCCCGUGAAGAGGGCAAGCUGGUUUAUGAGGCAAACCCCAAGAAGAAAACCAAGAGCAUAUACAAGUCUAAGAACAGCCGUCCUCUGAGGACCUGUCAGAUCUACACACAGGAUGACAACGCCACUCACAUUCAGCUCUACAACAGCCGGUUCGAACUCAUGAAGAUAAUUGCCAGCAAGAGAAGCCCACCAAUCAAGCCACUGCUCGGCAUGAAUCCAUUCCAGAAGAAUCCCAAACAUGCCUCAGUCUUGGCAGAAAGUGGGAUCAGCUACGACAAGCCGCUGCCUCCCAUUCAGGUGGCUUCUCAACGUGCUGAAAGGAUUGCCAAAGAGAAAAAGGCUCUUGCAGAACAGCAGAAGGCUCAGCAGUUGGCCCAGCAGCAGGCUGGAGCUCCCCAGGCCCAGGCUGCACCUGGGCAGGCCCAGGCUCCUGCAGCUGGCCAGGCUCAGGUCCCUCAGGCUGCCGCUGUAGCCGGAGCUGCCGCUGUGUCGAACGCAGCUGUACUGGCUGGAGCCAUAAAGAAUGCCACUGUGGGCACAACCAUUCAGGCUGCGACUGUAGGGGGGAAUGUGAUUGUGAACACAGUAGCUGGAGUCCCGCCAAGUCCUUUUCAGGCCAACAAACGCCUGGCAUCUCCAGUCAUACCAGGCACCCUGUCUCCUGCAGGUACAGCUGGAGCCCAAGUGGUCCAUGCACAACAGAGGUCAGUAACUGCUACUGCUGCCCCUGCUGAAGUGGUUGCCAUAGCUACAGGUCAGGGUGUUAGAGCCGUUACCCCGGUGACAGCGUCUGCAGUUUCUACCACACUGAGCCCGGUGCAGUCACAAACCCGCCCGCUGGUUACUCAGGUCCCUUCAGCCACAGGAAUGCAGCUGCCACAAGGAAAGCCUCUCACCUCAGCCCACCUGCAGAUACUCCGACAGCAGCAGCUGCAGCAGCACCAACAGCAGCAGCAACAACAGCAGCAGCAGGCUACUUCCCCUCAGAUCAAAGCUGUAGGAAAACCCCAGGAGUUGUUAAAGAUGCACAAACAUAAGUUGCAGCUACAACAACAACAGCAGCAGCAGCAGCAGGUGGCUGCAGCUGUGGCAGCAGCAGCAGCUCAGGGCCAGCAGGCUGCAGGGGCCCAGCAGGCCGCCCAGGUGCAGCCUGCACAGGCUGCCCAAGCUAAUCCCCAACUAGCAGCUGUGGCAGCACCCAGACCUGGAGCAGUGCUGACCGGUACCACUGUAGCCAACCUACAGGUGGCCAGACUGACUCGAGUUCCCACUCAGGGCCAGAUUCAGGCCCAGGCAGGACAGACAGCUCAGGUCACCCUCACCAAGCCUCCUGUGGUUUCUGUGCCAGCUGUGGUCUCAUCAGCUGGCGUCACUACGCUGCCAGUCACUGUAGCAGGCAUUAGUGUAGCGAUUGGUCAGGCCCAGAAAACAGGUGGCCCUGUGUUGACGCCGCCCUUCCCCCAGAUGCAGGUCCAACAGCUCAUUCAGAUGAAGAAGCAGCAGCAGCAGCAGGCGGCAGCAGUUCAGGCAGCAGCCGCAGCCCAGCAGAAAGCAGGACAGCCUCCGCAGGGUCAGGCCACAGUACAGCAGAAGAUCGGCGCUCAGCAGGUGACAGUGCAGGCGGCCCAGCCAGCCCAGCAGAAGGUGACCUACGCUACGACCACCCAGCUCCAACCGGGAAUCAAGACCCAGUUCUUCACUACAUCCAUCGCCCAGACCCAAAAACCUGCUGGAACCCAACAAAUCCAGGUGGCUAAGCUCCCACAAAUUGUGCAGCAGCAACCAGCCGUGGCCAAUAUUCAACAGAUUGUGUCUUCUCCUCAGCAGAUCCAGGCUCAGCCUCAGACUGUCACUCUGACUCAGGCAGCCACCUCAGCUCCUGCUCAGGUGCAGAUGAUUCCCGCCGGGACCGCUACAGCCCAGGUGGUCCAGCAGAAGAUCAUCCAGCAGCAGGUGGUGACUGCUGCCGCCUCGCCGCAGAUCCAGACGCCUCCUCCACACAGCCCCGCCCAGCAGCCUGCUGCAGCCUCAGCUGCCGAGGCCCCGGCGCAGCAGACCGCUCAGCCGCAACAGACUACUAAGGGUCAGGCUCGCCAGGGGGGCAUCAGGGCCAAAACCCCGGCCAAGCCCAGUGGGGGCAACAGCUAGGAGAUGCACAGCCAGGAAACUGCUUUCACCCAGUGUUGACCUGCAGUACACAUGUACAGUGAUGAGGCUGCGCUGACAGACAUCCUGCUGCAUUCUUAAUGCAUCAAACCGUUACUUUCCCCGACCUUUUUCAGUCUCAGCUGUGUUUUGGCAAAUCAGUCAUGAAGAAUUAACUUCAUCUGUUCGUUUGUUUCAAUAGAUGUGGAGUGUUUCUUGACAAUACAACUUCAAAUUUACCCCCACAAUGACUGCCCGAUUCAUCAUAUGGCGAACACUCAUGCUCUCCAUCACUCAACAGAUGUCUGAGGCUGAGGAUUAUGGGUAAUUCUGCAUUGGGGAAUGAGCUCUCCAUUAGAAUAAGUGUAUUCAUAAAAUAGUCCCUUUUAUGUCUGAUUCUCUCGUUGUCUAUAGAUACUGAAUGGAGAGUAAUGCACGUUCCUUUAGUCAUGUUUUUUAUUUCAGCAAAUACACUGUAAACAUGUACUUUAGUAUUUUGUGUUUUCUCAUAAAUUGUCUUUUUUAUUGAUGUCAAAAGAAAAAAAGCCCUGUAAAUAUCAACAAAAAACAUUUGUACUUGUAAAGUAGUUGUGUUUUCAUUGGAUUUUUCAGCCUAAUUGUAAUAAAGUGUUUUGUUUUUAUACACAAAUUCAUCUUUUCCUCUCAUUAAAUCGUUGUAAGUA